CGGCGACGGGCCACAUUCGCAUCGAGGCACCCGAGGUGCAUCUGGCGCCCAGCUACAAGCCGGCCUUCGUUCGUGCGGCGGUGGAGAGCAUGCCGCUGGAGGAUGAGCCGGGUGCACUGAGUCGCUUCAGCAUACGGCCCACAUUUGGUGACACAUUUCUACCGUUGCGCAGCGCCGUGGAAAGCGUGCCCAGCAUCAAUGAACGGAACGUUGCGCAGCUGCGUGAAUCCUCGCCAUUGCGAUCCUUUGUGCGGGAUUCCGUGGAGGCGCAGCCCAGCGACUACGAAGAGGACGACGAGCCAGAGUAUUUUGGAGCGCCAGCCAGCUUUGUGCGCGAUGUGCCAGAGAAGAUGCAACAGGAGAAGCUCACCCAGCUGGUGCAACCAGAUCCUUGGUCGGUGUCCGACAAAUAUGCCGCCUUCAUAGCACCCAGCGCUAAUAAUGAUUAUCAGGCGCAGCCCUAUCGCUCCGGCUCGCCGCAUCAGCAGCUGCUCAAGUCCGUAGAUCUGGAGCAGCUGGAGCACAUCGAUGAACUGGACAGUUAUACGGAACAGCAGUUCUAUGGUGCUCUAGCCCUGGCAGAUCUCUCGGACAAUGGCGUCGCCUAUGGCGCCCUAUCGCAGGUGAAGGCGACGACGGACAAGAAGAACUACAACAUGGCUCCCAAGGUGCUCUGCUAUAUGUCCAACUGGGCAUUCUAUCGCAAGGCGGAUGGUCAUUUUGUGCCCGAGCAACUGGAUCCGAAGCUAUGCUCAGCGAUUGUCUAUUCCUUUGCCUCUCUCGAUCCGGACCACUUGAUCAUGCGCGAAUUCGAUCCCUGGGUUGAUAUUGAGAAUCAGUACUACAAGCGCGUGGUUGCCUUGGGCGUGCCCGUGCUCAUAGCCAUGGGCGGCUGGACGGAUUCAAGUGGCGACAAGUACUCCCGCCUGGUCAGCGAUGAGAUUAAGCGCAAGGUGUUCGCCUCCAGUGCGGCGGGUUUCCUGCAGCGGCAUGGCUUCAGUGGCAUUCACUUGGACUGGAACUACCCCAAGUGCUGGCAAAGCGAUUGCUCCAAGGGACCGGCCAGCGACAGGCCCAACCUCACCAAGCUGCUGCGUGAAGUGCGCUCGGAACUGAACCGCGUGAAUCCCAAGAUGCAAAUUGGCGUAGCCAUUUCCGGCUACAAGGAGAUCAUCAGCGAAGCCUACGAGCUAGCUGCGCUCUCCGAAAUCGUGGACUAUAUGACUGUCAUGAGCUAUGACUAUCACGGCGCCUGGGAGCGCCAAACUGGCCACGUGAGUCCGCUCUAUGGUCGGCCGCUGGACAAGUAUCCGCAGUAUAACACAGACUUUACCAUGCAGCUGCUGGUGAAAAUGGGCGCCCGCCGCGAAAAGCUGAUCAUGAGCAUACCCUUCUAUGGCCAAAGCUUCACGCUCGAGCAGAGCAGUCAGCGUCUGGUGGGCGAGGGUGUCGCCGCCAGCGGACCCGGCGAGGCCGGUGAGCUAACCAAACAGCCCGGCAUGUUGGCCUACUACGAGAUCUGUCAGCGCAUACGCAAGCAGAAGUGGCAGACGGGACGAGAUGCGGACCGCAAGUCGGGACCCUAUGCCAUGCUGCGGGAUCAGUGGGUCGGCUAUGAGGAUGCGGCCAGCGUGGAGGCCAAGGCGCGCUAUGCGGCCAACAAUGAUUUUGGUGGCAUCGCCGCGUGGACCAUUGACCUGGAUGACUAUCAGAAUCGCUGCUGCAGCGAAUCCUUUCCGCUGCUCAAAGCCGUCAAUCGGGCUUUGGGUCGUCUGAACACUGAGCCGCCCACGCGCAACAACUGCGAGCGUCCACCACAGCCGAUUACGCCUGUACCACCCCAAAUGACCACCAUAAGCAGCGAUGGCUCAGCGGGAGGCAGUCACAGCGAUCACACAACAUCCUGGCCCACCUGGGAUCAAGCCAGCACAACCCGUAGACCCAGCAGCACUAGCACCAGUACAACCACCCGAAGACCCACCACAAGUGCCACGCCCGCCUGGUGGACCAGCACUACCACUACGACUUCCGCCUGGUGGACCAGCACAGCCGCAACCACAACGAAACGUCCCAAGCCUAAGCCAACUCAGACAACCGCUCGUCCGGCUCACACCACCUUACCAGUCCCCGCACUGGUUUAUCCAGUGGUUCAGCCUUCUAACUGUGCGGCUGGCAAAUUCUAUCCAGAUACAAAGAAUUGUAACGCGUAUUACCACUGCGUCGUACCGGGUGAACUGCGUCAGCAAUUCUGUGCCGGCGGCCUGCAUUGGAACAACGAGGUUAAAAGCUGUGAUUGGCCCGCCUCCGCGCAGUGUUCGGUGAAGAAGCAGCAGACGAGCACGAGCAGCAAUUUACCCACCAGCACCAGAAGCACCACCCAAGGACCCACCAGCAGCACGAGCACGAGCACCACGAACACCAGCACCAGCAAGAAACCGCGGAGAACGACGACAUCGACCAAGCCUAGUCGCAAGCCCACACAAAAACCCAUUCAGAAACCGCAGCCCGGAAGCACCACCAAGAAACCGCAUCGCACCACGCGACGUCCUCGACCGCCGACCUCAUCGCGCUGCAACGAGGGCGAAUACUAUACGCACAGGAACUGUGGCAAGUACUACAUCUGCGUAAAUGGAGCGCUCGUGCCGAGCGAAUGUGGCGGCGAGCUGCACUGGGACGGCAUUCGGAAGAUAUGCGAUUGGCCUCAGAAUGUGCAGUGUGUGACCAGCAAGAAGUAUCUGCGCAUUGCCCAGUCCAAGGCAAGCGAGGAGGAUCCCUGCAACGGCGAGGAACGUGUGCCAUAUCCCGGCGACUGCUCCAAGUAUUUGUUCUGUCUAUGGAAUCGCCUGCAGGCAGCUGACUGUCCACCGGGUUUGCACUACAACGAGGCGCUGGGCAACUGCGAUUGGCCACUCGCUGCGCAGUGCAAAGAGGAUGCGGGUGGCUCCGCCAGCUCCGGCAGCUCCAGCAGCUCCAGCAGCUCCGGCAGCUCAAAGCCUAAGCCCCCGGCUGCAGCCAAGCCCGUGCCCACCACGCAGCGACCCACGACCACGCCGAGACCCACUUAUCCCACAGAUAAGCCACAGCUCCAACCACUGGAUGGCCACUACAAGGUCGUGUGCUAUUUCACUAACUGGGCCUGGUAUCGCAAGGGCCUGGGUCGCUACACACCCGACGACAUUAACACGGAUCUAUGCACACAUGUGGUCUACGGUUUUGCAGUCUUAGAUUACUCAGAGCUUACGCUACGUACCCACGACUCCUGGGCGGACAUUGAUAACAAUUUCUAUACGCGAGUCAGUGGGUUGAAGAGCAAGGGCGUCAAAGUCAGCCUGGCCCUGGGCGGCUGGAACGACUCGCAGGGCGACAAAUAUAGUCGGCUGGUGCGCAACGCAGCGGCGCGAGCCAAAUUCAUACGUCACGCUCUCGACUUUAUUGAGAAAUACGGAUUUGAGGGUCUGGAUCUGGACUGGGAGUAUCCGGUGUGCUGGCAAACCGAGUGCAACAAGGGCUUCUCCGACGAAAAGGAAGGCUUCACUGCCUGGGUAAAGGAACUAUCGGAGGCAUUCAAGCCACGCGGUCUGUUGCUAUCCACGGCGGUCUCACCCAGCAAAAAGAUCAUUGAUGCAGGCUAUGAUGUACCAGUACUGGCCCGCUAUUUCGACUGGAUAGCCGUGAUGACCUACGACUUCCAUGGACAGUGGGACAAGAAGACAGGUCAUGUGGCGCCUUUGUAUCAUCAUCCUGAUGACGAUUUCGAUUACUUCAAUGCGAACUUCUCGCUGAAUUAUUGGAUAGAGCAAGGUGCUCCUUCUCGAAAGAUUGUGAUGGGCAUGCCGCUAUAUGGUCAAUCUUUCACGUUGGAGAAUGCCAACAACAAUGGACUAAAUGCCAAGGCCCCAGGACCAGGUCAGGCGGGCGAAUUUACCAAAGCUGCAGGCUUCUUGGCCUAUUAUGAGAUCUGCGAGCGCGUCAAGCAUCAGGGCUGGGAAGUAGUUCAAGAUGAACGUGGUCGCAUGGGUCCAUAUGCUCGCAAGGGUACCCAAUGGGUAUCCUAUGAUGAUCCUGCCAUGAUCCGCAAGAAAUCACAAUUGGUGCGUGCCCUGAAUCUAGGCGGCGGCAUGGUCUGGGCUUUGGAUCUUGAUGAUUUCCGGAAUCGGUGCGGCGAUGGCGUGCAUCCAUUGCUGCGCGAGAUUCAUGCUGUGCUAAAGGAUCCGCCAAGCGGCUAUGAGCCGACGCCUGGUCUAACCCCGGCGGAAGUGGAAUCAGUGGAAGAGCAAGCCAUUUCGGGGGAGGUUGGAACAGCAUCUGUAGAAAGCGAAGCCGGGCAAACUUCACAGGAAUCAACUGGCCAGGGAAGCAGCGAGUCCGAAGAAGGUGAAGGCGAAGGCGGUGAGGAGCAAGAAGAGGUGGCUGUAAUGCAGCACCCGGAGCCGGAAUACUCCACAUCACAAGAGACAGUCAACAAUGAGGAGGGAGCAGGCAAUAACGAGCCAGAAUCUUCACAAGAAAACGAAGUAGAGGAGGUUGAAUUUGAAAUGGAAGCCGGUUAUCCCGUAGUUGGCUCCGGCUUCGGCUCCAGCAACGACUACAAGGUGGUCUGUUAUUUCACCAACUGGGCGUGGUAUCGUCAGGGUGGUGGCAAGUAUCUGCCCGAGGAUAUCGAUGCCGAGCUAUGCACGCACAUAGUCUACGGCUUUGCCGUAUUAAAUCGUGAUAAGCUUACAAUACAACCACAUGACUCCUGGGCGGAUUUGGACAACAAGUUCUAUGAACGCGUGGUGGGCUACAGGAAAAAGGGAGUGAAGGUAACCGUAGCCAUAGGCGGUUGGAACGACUCGGCGGGUGACAAGUACGCGCGUUUGGUAAGAAGCGCUGCGGCGCGUGCAAGGUUCAUACGCCACGUGUUGGACUUUAUCGAGCAGUACGGAUUUGAUGGUCUGGACCUGGACUGGGAGUAUCCGGUGUGCUGGCAGGUGGACUGCAAGAAGGGCACCGCCGACGAGAAGCAAGGAUUCACAGAUUUGGUGCGUGAACUCUCGCAGGCAUUUAAGCCAAAGGGACUACUUCUCUCCGCUGCCGUUUCGCCUAACAAGAAGGUCGUCGAUGCCGGCUACAGUGUGCCGGAACUUUCACGCUACUUUGAUUGGAUUGCGGUGAUGGCCUACGAUUACCAUGGUCAGUGGGACAAGCAGACGGGUCAUGUGGCACCCAUGUACGAUCACCCAGAGGGCACGGCGACCUUCAACGCCAACUUCUCCAUAAACUAUUGGCUGGAAAGUGGAGCAGAGCGUAAGAAACUUAUCAUGGGCAUGCCCAUGUACGGUCAAUCCUUCUCACUGGCCCAGGCCAACGAUCAUCAGCUGAAUGCGCCCACUUACGGCGGCGGCGAGGCGGGCGAGGCCACGCGCGCCAGAGGCUUCCUGGCCUACUACGAGAUCUGUUCGUACAUUCAACGUCGCGGCUGGAAUGUCGUGCGCGACGCACGUGGUCGCAUGGGACCCUACGCCUUUUCGCGGGAUCAAUGGGUCUCCUUUGACGAUGCGCCGAUGAUACGGCACAAGAGCGAAUAUGUGCGCGCCAUGGGCUUGGGCGGCGCAAUGAUAUGGGCCCUAGACUUGGAUGACUUCAAAAAUGAUUGCGGCUGCGAAUCGUAUCCGCUGCUCAAAACAAUUAACCGCGUGCUCCGUGGCUAUCCGGGUCCGCAUCCCAAGUGCACGCUGGAGCAGGGCGAAAAGACCAUGGGUAAGUGGUAGGAAAGUUAAAGUGAGACCUAAAUAAAACAUCCGAUUGCAGUUGCUGGCGACAAGGGCACCGUAGAAUCCCCAAGACCCACGGUUAACACCGUGACUCCGGCUAACAUAGUUGCAACCUCAUCUAGGCCUGAUCCGGGUCAGCCAAUAGAUUGCGCUGGACGCAACUAUGCGUCGCACGAGCGUGACUGCAACAAGUACUACAUAUGCCAAUACGGCGAAUUUAUCGAGCAACGGUGCCCCGCUGGUCUACACUGGAACGAGAAUUACUGCGACUGGCCGAACAAUGCGCACUGUACGGUUCGCGCGGACCAGACCACCCAGCCGCCGGUGGUGCAUCGGCCCAAGCCAACCAGCACCACAGUGAGCAGCAUAUCCGCCACAAAACCCACAAAGAAACCCUUCACACCACCCAAUAAGAAGCCCAUUGCGCGCCCAAAACCGACACCAGCUCCGCCGCUGGGCAGCAAUGAGAACUACAAGGUCGUCUGCUACUUCACGAACUGGGCAUGGUAUCGGCCCGGCCAGGGGAAAUAUGUGCCCGAGGACAUAGAUGAGAAUCUGUGCACGCAUAUCGUCUACGGCUUUGCGGUGCUCAACAGCAACACGCUGACCAUCAAGACGCACGAUUCCUGGGCAGACAUCGACAAUCGCUUCUAUGAGCGCGUUGUAGAGUACAAGAAGAAGGGAUUGCGCGUAACUGUCGCAAUUGGAGGUUGGAACGAUUCGCUGGGCAGCAAAUAUGCACGCCUGGUGCUCGAUCCGCAGGCUCGUGCGCGCUUCAUCGAGAGCAUUUUGGUUUUUGUUGAGAAAUAUGGCUUCGAGGGCUUGGAUCUGGACUGGGAGUAUCCGGUGUGCUGGCAGGUGGACUGUGCCAAGGGCUCGCCGGCGGAGAAGCAAGGAUUUGCGGCACUUGUGCGUGAACUUUCGGCUGCAUUCCGACCACGUGGACUGCUCCUCUCUGCCGCCGUCUCGCCGAGCAAAACCGUCAUCGAUGCGGGCUAUGAUGUGCCGCAGCUGGCACGCUAUUUCGACUGGAUAGCCGUGAUGACCUACGAUUUCCAUGGCAACUGGGACAAGCAGACGGGCCAUGUGGCGCCGCUGUAUUAUAUGGAGGGCGAUACGAAUCCCUACUUCAAUGGCAACUAUAGCAUACACUAUUGGCUGGAUCAGGGCACGCCGCCCAGCAAGCUGAUCAUGGGCAUGCCCCUGUACGGCCAAUCCUUCUCGCUGGCCGAUCAGAACGCACGCGCCCUCAAUGACAAAUCCAUUGGACCCGGCCAGGCGGGCACAUAUACGCGCGCCGGUGGCUUUUUGGCAUACUAUGAAAUUUGCGAGAAGGUCAGCGCUGGCGGCUGGACGGUGGUGCGCGACGAGGAAGGUCGCAUUGGACCCUACGCCUACAGCGGCAAUCAAUGGGUAUCCUACGACGAUGUUGCGGACAUACGACGCAAGGCGCAAUUUGUGCGCAGCCUGCGUCUGGGCGGCGGCAUGGUCUGGGCCCUGGAUUUGGACGAUUUCCGUGGUCGCUGCGGCUGCGGCAAGCAUCCUUUGCUGCGCACUCUCAAUCAGGAGCUGCGCGGCAUUCCCGGACAGCGCGCCCACGAUUGCACAUAGUAAUGUUUAAUAAUUAUUAAGUGUCCUAUACGUACGUGCGUUAUAUUUAUG